CCUGUGUUUUUUCUGCAUGUCAGCUUGUCCUUUAAAAACAGUUUUAUGUCUCGCAGGUUUUUGUAUGUUUCUAUGUUGCAUAAAUUUGCACCACACCAGCUACUUCCUUUGGCAUUUUUCCACUGAACUGAUGAGUGAAGCUGCGAUUUCUCAACACAGGUCUGGUUAAAACGUACACAUACUGUUACAAAUUCAGAGCUGCUGAAACCUAGUGAAACUUGUUUCACAUGCAGUCUGAAUUAGCUGCAGUUACUGUCUCAUGUUAGCUGUAGUGAUGAAGAGGUGAAGGACAUUAGUAAAAAAUCAAUCAGUGGUAAUAAAGUGAGUCAGCGCUAAAAUAAAAAGUGUAUCAGCAACUAAUCAGAGAAUGACGUCUGUCUUGAAAAUAUGUUGUGACAGAUUAACAGCGAAGAGAAAGAGGAAAUAUAGUAGUGGGCAGGCAGUGUGAUCACACUGUGUAUUUCCUGAUCUACAUCGUACCGUCACACUCAGAACAGCUGAAGCAACUUUUCCUCCUCUCAGAAAGCUGCAGAACCAGAGCACAAGAACCAUGGUUGUCCAAAAAAAUUUGACUUCAUCUUUGAACCAGACCUAUGAUGUUGAUGAGACAUCCAUUAACCCAUACUUUAUGGCAGUCUACAGUCUGGUGUUCCUCGUGGGUUUACUCCUCAAUGGCUUUACAUUGAAGGUCUAUCUUUGUCGAGAUUGGCCUGAGGUAUCCAACAGCUUGAUGGUCUACUUGAAGAACCUGACAGCUGCUGACUUCCUGCUCUGUCUCUGUCUGCCACUCCGCAUUACCUACUAUGCCAGCAGCUCUCCCAUCAUUCGUAGGCUGUACUGCAGCUUUGGAGCUUCUGCCUUAUUCAUUAACAUGUAUGCCAGUAUACUAUUCAUGGGGUACAUCGCUGCCAACAGGUAUCUAAGGAUCAUCCAUCCUUCAGGAACUCACAUGCUGCAGACAGUGCAAACUGCACGAAUCAUCUCUGUCAUCACCUGGGUUUUUCUCCUGGCUCCAACAGUCGUCUAUGUUAUCAUUUUUUUCAGCUCCCAGAAACCUCUGACCUUUAAUCCUAGCCGCUGCGUUCACCUGUUUACUCCAUCAGUCAGCCUGUUGUUCAGAAUUCUCCACACCUUCUCUGCAAUCAUCUUCCUCUUGGUCUUCAUAUCGCUGGUCUUCUUCUACUACAGCAUCUUCCGCAGGGUGUUGGAGGCGCAGCAGAAGCAGCUGACCUCCUCUGGCUCUGAGAAGCUGCUGAAGUAUCGCAGGAACGUGUUGGUGCUGGUCAGCAUCUUCUGUGUUUGCUUUGUCCCGUUUCACCUGGUUCAUCUUCCCUUUACGUUUCUGUGGAGCGAUGACUCAGUAGGUCCAGUAUUGUUCUACCUGAAGGAGGUGACCACCAUGGUGUCAGUUUUCAACAUCUGCCUGGACCCUGUUGUUUACUUUUUCCUCAGCAAUACUUUUGGGGAGAAGGUGAGAGCCAAACAUCCGACUGCAAACGAGGAGAAUAAGAACAGCAAGGACAAGCUGGAAAUCAUUACAUUAGGACAAGUGACUCGAACCAGUUAGUUGUGAGAAAAUUUACAUUUUAUGCACAGAUUUCAAUUCGUUUUGAGUGAGAUGAAAGCAGUGUCAUGGACCGAUAUCCUCAGAAACCACAAGUCAGAUAUCAAAACAGAGCUAAAGACAACACAGAAACAUUCCCACAUAGAUGGUAUUGAAGAUGCCAUGAGUGUUUAUGUUUCUACUUUUCAGGAAUAAGCCAAAUGAUGAUUUAGCAUGAAUGAAAUUAACCAGUCUAUGGUCAAAUUCAUUCGUCAUGGUUCUGGCUCUUUGACUCAUAUGAGUUACUGAUUUAGUUUUAUACAACUUAGUAUUGACUUUUUAUGUCACUGAGUAUAUUUGCGAUUUCUGGUUUAUGUUCUUAGGUUACCUUUGUGCCUUUGUCUUCAUCUAUGUGUCCUUCUCUCCCUCGCUAUAUGUGUGUGUCUUCCUUGCUCUCCAGCUCCUAGUUAGUCCUAUUUUUCUGUCUCCCUCUUUUGUUCCCAUGCUUCCCCUUUUUUGUUUCCUUCCUUGUCCCCCUUCUAUGUCUUUUUAGGGCUGGUUACCGUCACUGAUUUCUAGAAUCGAUUCAAUUCCGAUUCACAAGGUCCCGAAUCGAUUCUAUCCACAAUUCAAUUCGAUUCGAUUCAGGGAAUUUUUUCCUGAGAGAGAAAUAUUAUAAUUCUGAUCACGUAUCAGUACAUUUCCUUAUUAUUAUAUCUAUAAAAACAAACCUUUGACACUUGCGACACUUGUGUCAAAGUAACUGAGGAUAAAACACAGAAAAAGAUGAAGGCGAUUUUCCUGGCCUGGGAUUUUAUAGCAGAUGACCUUAAAAAUAUUCUGCAGUAGAUCAAAAACAAAAGAAAACCAUUAAUGAACAUAUGAACAUUAACUGAUGCUGCUGAAGUGGAGCAGAGCAAAGUUACAGAGGUUUGAUUAGAGACACAACCAAGCAUUUUGCAAUUUUGCAUAAUUUUAAAAAGCUUUAAUUUGUUCAGUAGCCUAUUCAACAGCAGAAAUGAGGCUUUGUUUUCAAAAGUAAGUGAACGGAAAAAAAACAGUGGCCGACAGCGCUGUAAACAGCGGUAGACUUGUGCGUAAUAAGCUAGCGAAUAAUGCAGAAAAGAGAGUUUUUUGACGGGAAACUGUUCUUGAACUGCACUGAGUGAGAGAGAGAGA